GGCAUCAAGAUCAAGAUCAUGAUCAAGUAACACGAGGUCGGAAUAAGAGCGCAGCAAGUGGAAGAGGUCUUGUGUCACCACCGUCUGCAAUGGCCCCAUAAAAUCUCCAACAAGAAUCUUGGGUUAGAAGAUAGCCACUAUCUCAAACUUCCUUUGUGACGAAGGAAGAAGAGAUAGAACGUCACCAUAUUCAGAAGGAGGCGUCGGUUUGCAGACAUUACUACCACAUCAGCAAGGAAGGGAAACCUAAGACGAGCUGCAAUGGAGUACAUGAAUCCCCAGGAGCCUGUGUUGGGCGUGAUUCUGUGUUGUGAUUGUGGAGCUCAAAUACAACCUAACCCAACCAAUCGUUGCAUUGCCUGCGUGCGGGCGCGGAAUGACAUCUCUGAAGGAAUUCUAAAACAGCACACACUAUAUUUCUGCCGAGGAUGUGAAAGAUACUUGGAUCCACCAGCUACUUGGGUACCAGCAGCCUUAGAGUCUAAAGACCUUUUGAAACUCUGUCUCAAGAAAAUGAAAGGAUUAAAUAAGGUGCGACUGGUUGAUGCAGGGUUUGUCUGGACUGAGCCUCAUUCAAAGCGUAUCAAGGUGAAGCUUGUGGUGCAAAAGGAGAUUCAAGCUGGAGCCGUCCUGCAGCAGGAUUUCAUUGUGGAGUAUAUAAUAGUGGGGCAAAUGUGUGAUGACUGCCAUCGAGUGGAGGCCAAGGAUUAUUGGCGGGCUGUAGUGCAGGUGCGACAGAAGGCUGACCACAAGCGGACUUUCUAUUACUUGGAGCAACUGAUCAUGAAGCACAAUGCCCAUGGGAAGGCAUUGGGCAUCAAACCUUUGCAUGAAGGACUUGAUUUCUACUUUUCCAAUGAGCAAGGUGCUCGUCAUCUGGUGGACUUCUUCAAUUCAGUUGUUCCGUGCCGCUGGACUCACUCCAAGAAGCUCAUCUCCCAUGACAUCCACUCAAACAGCUACAACUACAAAUUCACUUUUAGUGUUGACAUCGUGCCAAUAUGCAAAGACAGUGUUGUUUGUCUACCCAAGAAUCUAGCUCACCAGCUUGGAGGGAUUGGCCAGAUUUGUGUUGUACAGCGCAUAACAAACCACAUCAGCGUAAUUGAUCCUUCUACUGCCCAGUUUGCAGAAAUAAGCAGUAGUGUUUACUGGCGAUCACCCUUCAACUCCCUUUGCAGUGCAAGAAGCCUGACAGAGUUUGUUGUGAUGGAUGUGAAUGAUGCAGACAUCAGACAUUUCACUGGUCAAGGACAAAUCUCACACAAGCACCAGGUGGCUGAGGUGUGGGUGCAACGGAGCAGUGAACUAGGUACAAACACAAUGAUCUUCUGCAGAACUCAUUUGGGUCAUCUCCUCGCACCUGGAGACACUGUUAUGGGUUUUGACCUGCGUAUGUCAAAUAUCAAUGACACAAACAUUGACAAGAUGAAUGAAGACACAUUGCCUGAUGUAGUACUAGUGAAGAAAGUAUAUGCUGACAAGGCAACACGCAGUGCUCGCCGCCGCUGGAAGCUGAAGCAUCUGGCCCUUAAUGAUGAUACUGGAAGCCAGAACAGGGACUACACUGACUUCCUGGAGGAUCUAGAAGAGGACCCACAGUACCGCACUAAUAUUAACAUUUACCGUGAUGAGGUCAAGAUGGCAACAGCAGCAGCUUUAGGGAAUGAUGAGACUGCAGAGUUGCCUCAAGUAAGUCUUGAGGAAAUGCUGGAGGACCUAAAUAUUGAUGAAGCCAUGGGUGCAGUGGAAGGGGAUGUAAUCAUGAAAUAAAAUCAGAAAUAGUAA